GCAACUUGAGAACUGUCACUGGUGAGGCUGAAGUCAUUAAAACCAGAGUAGCAGUUAAAGCUGAUAUAGAUGUGGUCCUUACCCUGUUGAGGGUGAUAACAGUAGUCACAUAGGAUUUGCUACAUACUGGGCUGGUUAGUUGAAGUGUCAAAAACCAUGUGGGAAAUAGUGCAAUGACAUUUAAUUUGAAAGAUAUUCUAGUCCAGUGCACUUAAAGGAAAAGUUAGUCCAUAAAUGACUAAAUCAUAGCUGAUGGUGUGGGAGCUGGUGCAGAAGAUUUGUCAUUACUCCUGCUGCCAACAGUCUAAAUCACUAGUAUUGGUGGCGGGACCAAAGUAAAUCUAUCUUUGCUAUUUUUUCCAAUAGGAGCUGGCUUAACAGAUUCCUUUGAAGUGCUUUUACUGGAAUUAUUCUUAUUUUACGCUUCCCAUGGGGACUGUGUUGUUCGUUUAAUCCUGGAGGGCUUUUUCAACUUAAAUGCUUCUGUGGUUCUACAGUAGUAUGUCCUGUGAUCCAUGCUGAGCUACAGGACCAAAGGCCCACAAGUGGCGCCGAAGUAGGCCAACAGCAAAAGGUGGUGCUGUGCUCAAGGACAAUAAUACUCUAUUAAUAAAGUGCGGAGAGUUCUGAGAGCCAUGCCCGGUCCGCGUUGUGCCUGGGACGGGCGGGACAGGCUCGCCGUGCCCGGGCGGUGGCGCGGCCCGGCGGAAGGGGCGGGGCGGCCGCAGCGGGCACGGACCGGGAUCCGCGGUAUCUGCGCCGCACGGACGGCCCGGCCGGGAGCCUCCGAGGGGCGGGCACGGACCGGGAUCCGCGGGAUCUGCGCCGCAUGGGCAGCCCGGCCAGGAGCUUCGGAGGGGCGGCCCCUGCGAGUUUGCUUCGCCUGCCGGAAACUCGGGGCUGCUCGGGGGUUCUGUGGGGAGCCGCCGGAAGGGACAGGGCCACUGCUGUGCUGCCCUGUGACAGCCUUUGGCAGCUGCCGCCGCCGCAGCUCGGCGUGCCGCAGGUCCGGACGCGGCCCAGGAACAUUGGCAGUUAGUAAGAAGAGCCCAGCUGAUCACAGAGCACUGGAUGGGGAUCUAUUUUCUGCUGUUAGUUGUAGGGCUUUGUUGGGGGCAGUACAACCCCAACACUGUCCCAAAGAGAACCUCUAUUGUGCAUCUCUUUGAAUGGCGCUGGCAGGACAUUGCUGAGGAGUGUGAACGCUACUUAGCUCCUAAUGGAUUUGGCGGAGUUCAGAUUUCACCUCCAAAUGAAAAUGUUAUCAUUACUGACCCCCAGCAACCAUGGUGGGAAAGAUACCAGCCUGUCAGCUACAAGCUGUGCACAAGGUCUGGAAAUGAAACUGAAUUUAGAGACAUGGUGACCCGGUGCAACAAUGUUGGAGUGCACAUUUAUGUGGAUGCAGUAAUCAACCAUAUGUGUGGAGCCAAUGCUGGGGCUGGUGACCAUGCCACUUGUGGAAGCUAUUUCAAUGCAAAGACUGAAGAUUUCCCAGCUGUGCCCUAUUCUGGCUGGGACUUUAAUGAUCAUAAAUGUAAAUCUAGAAGUGGAAACAUUGAGGAUUAUCAUGAUAUAUCUCAGGUGCGGGACUGCCGCCUGGUCAGCCUGCUGGACCUGGCCCUGGACAGGGAGCACGUGCGCUCCAGGGUUGCCGCAUACCUGAACCGGCUCAUCGGCCUGGGCGUCGCGGGCUUCCGCAUCGACGCUGCCAAGCACAUGUGGCCUGCCGACGUCAAGGCCAUUUUAGACAAGCUGGAAGAUCUAAAUACUCAAUGGUUUCCUGCAGGAACUAAACCUUUCAUUUACCAAGAGGUGAUUGACUUGGGUGGAGAGCCCAUCAAAGGCAGCGAGUACUUUGGAAAUGGCCGAGUGACAGAAUUCAAGUACGGUGCCAAACUGGGGACAGUGAUCCGCAAGUGGGAUGGAGAAAAGAUGGCCUACUUAAAGAACUGGGGAGAAGGCUGGGGCUUUGUGCCUUCUGACAGAGCCCUGGUCUUUGUGGACAAUCACGACAACCAGAGAGGACACGGGGCUGGUGGAGCUUCUAUUCUGACCUUCUGGGAUGCCAGGCUCUAUAAAAUGGCAGUUGGUUUCAUGCUUGCCCAUCCGUAUGGAGUCACACGUGUGAUGUCAAGUUUUCACUGGCCAAGAUAUUUUCAAAAUGGAAAGGACGUCAAUGACUGGUAUGGGCCCCCAAGUAACUCAGAUGGCUCCACAAAGACCGUUACAAUCAAUCCAGACACGACCUGUGGCAACGACUGGGUUUGUGAACAUCGCUGGCGUCAGAUCAGGAACAUGGUCAUCUUCCGUAACGUGGUGGAUGGUGAGCCUUUCUCCAACUGGUGGGACAAUGGCAGCAAUCAAGUGGCUUUUGGCCGUGGUAAUAAAGGCUUCAUCAUCUUCAAUAAUGAUGAUUGGUCCUUGAAUGUAUCUCUGCAAACCGGUCUGCCUGCUGGCACUUACUGUGAUGUCAUUUCUGGGCAAAAGGAAGAUGACUUGUGUACAGCAGUUGAAGUUCACGUUGCUGCUGAUGGCAUGGCUAAUUUCCUAAUUGGGAAUGAAGACCAAGACCCAUUCAUUGCCAUUCAUGUUGAUGCUAAAUUGUAACCAGCUGUGUUGUGCACGUGCUCUUCCUUCUCCUCUGUAUCUUUGUUAACAGCAAACAGAUGUGCAGAAUGCCCUGGCUCUCAGGACUGCAUGAACCGAGACAGAGCAAAGUGUGUUAGCUGUAAUACUGAUGAGAUAGUGAGCAGAGGUGGGAACUGGUGGUGCCGUGCACAUCUGGGAGUGAUGCUAUACAUCUGCGUGCAUUUGUAAGCGUACUUUAUUCAGUUAAGGUACUAAUAAAAAAUGGAAGGAGAAGAUUGACAUCAUUAAAUUUAAAAUCAUGGUGUUCUGUGCAGAAG